UAUUAAUGCAGAAGAGGCCCAAUCUCUAUUGGACAGCAUGUGCAGCUCAUUGCAUAGACCUUAUUCUUGAAGAUAUUGGUAAGAAAAGUAACGUGAAGAAGGUCUUAGAAGAUGCAAGAACAAUAACCUCAUUUAUUUACAACCACACAUGGACAGUGAAUUUCAUGAAGAAAUUCACAAAUAAUAGAGAGUUACUUCGCCCUGCCAUCACUCGAUUUGCCACAAAUUUCAUUGCUUUGGAGACUAUUGUCAGGCAUAAACAAGCACUAAGGGAAAUGUUUACAUCUGAUGCUUGGAAAAACUCAAGGUUUGGAAUGGCAAAAUCAGGCCCAGCAUAUGAUUCAAAGAAAAUUAUCUUAGGCAAAGAGUUUUGGCAAAAGGCCUCUGAUAUAAUUAAAGUGCAAGAACCCUUGGUGAAAGUUCUUAAAUUGGUUGAUGGUGAUGAAAAACCAACCAUGGGCUUCAUAUACGAGGCAAUUGAUAGGGCGAAGUUGGCCAUUCAAAAAGAUUGCCGGUUUUACAAAGACUAUUGGAAAAUUAUUGACAACCGGUGGAGUUUUCAGUUGCACCAAGAUUUGCACGCUGCUGGGUAUUUUUUGAACCCACAAUUUCUUUAUGGUGCCCCACCCUCUCCUGAAGUUGCUAGAGAAGUCAUGGAUGGAGUUAAAAAAGUGAUAACCAAGUUGGUACCCGAUAUAGAUACUCAAAUUCGGGCUAUUAAUCAAUUGUUGCUAUAUCGAGAUAGGCAGGAGACUUUUGGAACCCCGUUGGCUCAAAGGGCAGUGAAACAAACAAAUCCUGCUGAAUGGUGGAUUCAUUAUGGCUUGUGUGCUCCUGAGCUCCAAAGAAUAGCAAUUAGAGUUCUUAGCCAGACCACAUCAGCUUCGAACUGUGAGCGUAAUUGGAGCACCUUUAGCCUCAUCCAUACGAAAACAAGAAAUAGAUUAAAGUAUAUGAGACUACAAAAACUUGUUUUCGUACAUUACAACAUGAGGUUAAAGUUAAGACGUACAAUGAGAAGAAGCCAACGAGAAAUUGAAGAGGGUUUCAAUCCUAUCAAUUUGGACUACAUUUUCGAAGAAGAUGAUCCUUUAAGUCAAUGGUUAGAGGAGAGAGAGACACCACUACUCGAUGGUCAGGACAAUUCAAAUUGGUUAAAUGAAGAGGUUGGUGGUACUACAGAAGGAGGUGAUCAACCACCAAUAAACGCGCAUGAUGAUUCAGGUUCAAGCCCUGAACGUACACAAAGUGAUGACAAUCUUGGUUUGAGCCCACCAAGUGAUGAUGAUGGUAAUAGUGGUGCUGGAGCUGGGGUUGGGGGGGGUGGCAGUGGUGGUGGUGGAGGCGGCGGUGUAGAAUAUAAUUAUGGAUAUGAUACAGGGACAUCAUUUGGAAGGGAUAUAUAUCCUUCUGAUCCUUAUGGAUUACAUGACAUACCUGAAAAUUAUGACUUGGGUAUUCCUCCAGGGAACCAAUCUUCACAACCCAGGAGAAGGAGGAGUGCUCGUGGUGACCCUAGCGAUUCUACUGAAGAUUCAUAUGGUGUGGUUCGUAGUUUUGGCGACUUUGGUUUAGAUGGUUCAUCAUCACAAUCAUUUGGAUCUCAUCCAGCAUAUCCACAUUAUGCAUCUCGUGACUCACAUUUUUAUCCCAGUGGAUUAGGAAUCUCAGGAUCUAGUGAGUCUUCUUCUACACACUACCCAGAGCCAGCCCCUGCCCCAACUUAUAGACAUUAUUCAGGAGAAUUUUCAUCACCAGUACAUUUUCAAGAGCAACAACAAAAUGAUGCAAACUUGGGUUCAUUCAACUAUGUAUUUCCACAAGGAUGGGGAGAUAAUUUCCCAUCCCAAUCUCAAGAUACAGAUGCAAAUUAUGAAGACCCUCCACGUCAUUCUUUUUGGUGGUGACAUGUGUUAUAUUAUAAAUUUGUAAUAUUGUAUUCAUGUAUUUUCAAUUAUUUAUUGAUAUUUGAUAUUAAUCACUUUUUAAAUUCAUGUAUGUGUAAUGUGUAUAUUGAGUAUUAAGUCUAUUGAGUAUUGAUUCAUUUUUAGUAACUUUAUGACUUAAAUUAAUUGAUUCUUACAUUUCUACAUCUUUUUACUCAUUAAAGUAAUGUAAACUAUAAAAAAAUAUGCUUUUUUUUGUAAACAGCGCACUAAAAUUAAUAUAAAAAUCAUAAUGCCUAUUAAAAAGCAUUUGUAGGUUGAAUGAAAGCCUUCAAAAUUCAUUAAAAAUCAUGUAUUAAUGGAUUUCAUGCUUAUUUUUUAAUUUUCGCAUGGUUGUGCAUGCGUGAAAAAAAUUCACGACCGUUACGCCCGCUUCCCGUUACGUAACACCCGCGUCUCCCGCGACCCGCGACACCCGCGACCGUUUCGCGACGUUACCCGCGACCGCGAUUUCGAACCAUGAUUCCAACAACUACACAUAUGAGCAUUUAUCAAUUUGUGAAUGAAUUUUGCUUUUUUGAUGCCUUGAGAUAUAGAGCCCUAGGUUCCAGCCUCCAAGAUCUCUCAUCCUCUCCACAAUCUAGUCCAGCUCUCUUUUAAUGCCAAUCCUUCUAAUUACACUCUGUGUAUUCUCUUUGAUCCAGAUUAAAUAAUCUCUUCAAUCAGCUUCUUUUUUUUCUAACAUAAGGAGCACCCACUACUUCCCUGGUUCCUAACUUUUAACUUCUGCUUUUGAGAUUUUAAUUUUUUCUAUCACAAUAGCACUGGUAGUGUACCUUCUAUUUUAAUUUUAAUUGUAACUUAUUUUUUAUGCAUACAAUGUUUACUUGUUUGAGGCUCUUAGUAGUUUUUUAGACAACUGAGGAUGGAUAUCUUUUGAUGGUUCUAUGAUCUACUUGGACCUGGAUGCUAUGAUUGAUGAUAUGAUUGGUUAUUUUGUAGCAUUGACUAUGGUCAACAUGAUUUUCUGGAUGUGCUCUCCUCGCCAGCUAAACAGUCUUUCCAAAGAUACUGAAGUUAUGAAAUAUUAGUUUCUUUGCAAUGAAUUGAAAGGCUGCAAUACAAAAUUCCUAAAGUUUAGGAUCUGCUUGGUUAAGCUUUUAAAUGUCUUUUCUAUCCAAAGGAUACAUGAAAUAUAUUUUAAAAAAUGUUUUAUUAGUUGUUUGUCAUUUUUUACAAAACUGAUUUUAGGAUUAUAUCCCUAAAAAUACUUGUUUUCUAGGAUUUUAUGAAAUGGUGUUUUCUAUAAAUUUAGGUACAAUCCAAUACUCACUAUCCGUUCUCAUUGCAUUGUUCCACUACUGCCCACCACUGUCAACCCCCUCCAUGCACUCUUGCUGACCACCACCCAUUGUACGCCACUGCUGCAGCCACUAAUACUCACCACCACCCACUGGCCUGCCAUCUCCCACCCCUCACCCUCACUACUAUUAUCACUCACCAGUCACCACCAGCCACAGCCACCAAUAACUGUCCACCAUAUCGGUUGACUUUUUGAGUUCGAUCCCUAUUUUGAUAAUGACAAAACAAAAGUAACUUAUGUGUGUGUUUAGUGCUUGAGCAAAUUUACAAUUUAGCACACAUAAGGUAAAGGAAAAAUAGAAGCCAGGAGUAACUUAAAAGCCUAUACAGUUUGGCAUAUUCCAUGGAAAAGUGAAGAACAAAAGAAGUGAAGACAUAGUUUUUAUUUGUAAUGCAUUUAGUGCUUCAUUUGUAAUAUUGCAUGAUAUGAUGCUAAGCUCAAUAGCCGACCAUAGACUGACCUUAUGGGACUAACGUUUUCACGAAAAACCUUUUACAUAAAAUUACUAAACUCAUACAAAGGUUUUAAGAUGUUUUUGAAAAUAUAUCAAGGCCAAAAUUCAAACUCCAUAAGGACCCUAGUUGACCGUACCUUUCAUGCAUUAUUAUGCCUAGUUGAUUGGCCAUUCAUUUAGGCCAAUCUUGUAAAGCCCCGGCCGACUGGCCCAUUUAAUGCAUAUGAAUCCUAGUCAACCGGUUAUUCACUCUAGCCAGUUUUGUAAGCCCCAGCCGACCGGUCUAUAUUUUGGCUUCUGAAUCACAGUCGAUCGGAUCUUGGUGCUAGCAUACUGUUUCUCAAGGAUUUUAAAAUCGCCCGAGACUAGUUGGUCGGACCUCUCGGGUUGGCCAAUUUUUGAAGCCAAAAACUGUCAAAAAAUUCAAAAAUAAUAUUAUUUUAAUCCCCUAAUGGCUAGUUAACGGUUAGAAUUUAAAAAUCUCUAUGAAUAUUAGCCGAAAGCUCUUAAAUUGGUUGUUGAUUUCAUUGAUUUAUAUUCUUUCAUUUAUUGGGCAUUUAUUUUCAAUAUCAAAGCUCUCUUCUACUCUUCAUUUGCAAAAAUAUUUUUGAAGAGUAUAUAUUCUAGUUUCUCUCACACCUUCUUUUGAAAAACUCUUUUGUAGAGAAAUCAUUCAUUUGAAAUCUUUGAGCGUUCUUUUUUUUAUACACACAUCUUAAACUCAAAGAUCACUUACUCACACUCUUUAUUGCAAAAAUAUUUUUGAGAGCAUAUUCAUAUUUCUCCUACAUCUCUCUUUUGAAAAAUCUUUUAUGAGAAAAUCUUGAGGUUAUAACAAGUAAGCUUUGAGCAUAUAUAAUUUAUAUAUACUUGCUUCAGAAGCUUGUUUUUUUUUAGAUUUCAAAGUUCAAAUUUCUCCUAUACACUAUGUUUUGAAAAAUCUUUUGGAGAAAUUUGUAAGGUUUCUUGGAAAAGGCUUGAGCUUAUAUUCAAGUUCAUAUAUCUAGCUUGAAAGUCUUUUAUUUUAUUUUGUGUUAAUCUCAAAGAUCUAACUCUCCUAUACACUUCAUCAUUGAAAAUUUGUGGAGAAAAUCUUUGAGUAAAUCAAGAGUGCUUUGAGCAAUAUAUUCAUUUAUAUAUUUUUGUUUAGAAAGCCUCUUGUAUUUUGAUUUUACCAAAGGUUAAUCUUGAAGGAAAAACAAUUUCCAAACUCUCAGUCUUGAAAAAUUAUUUUGAGAGAAAAACUCUAACUCUAUUGAGUUUCAUCUUACAUAUCAUUUGAUAGUGCAUAUUGGAUUAUAUAUUAUACAUCUCUGCUUAUUGAAGAAGCAUUUUCUAUUGUACACAUAAAUUAUUUUCAUAUCAUUUGUAUCCCUACGGUUCGGUACUGUGUUCCAGACGUGGGGUAUCGCUUGAGGAGGAAGUGCUCCAUCCUAUAAGGAGUGGUUGUAACGGUUUGGCUUCGCACAGUUAAAGGAGCUAGGGGGACUCCAUCCUGUAAGGAGCUGUAAACGGCUUUUUGUUCCACUCGGUUAAGUGAGCAGGGUAGUGGAAUCCUCCAGCGGGUUGACUUGAGGCAAGGAGGUGGGCGGGUACAGCCGAACCUCAUAAGAAUAUUGUGUAUGCGCUCUUUCUCCCUUCUCUAGUUACAGCACUUAUAUGUUGAUAUUUAAUUCGUUGUGAUUGUUAUAUUUGCUUUAAAUAUUUGCGUGCUUAAAUAUUUGUGGUAUUUGCGAUUGCUUAGAAAGACCCUAGAUUUGUGUAAUACUAGCUGUAAAAUAGGACACACUUGACCUAGGAAUCUUUUAAAAUACCUAAUUCACCCCCCUCUUGUGAAUACACCAUUCCUCACAAUUGGUAUCAGAGCCUCGUUGCACAAAGCAUAAACGCCUUUGUUAAAGAUCGCAAUCGCUUUUGUUGGUGUAUCCUCAUUUUGUGAGGGACAAUCAUAUAUUAGGCCUUCAAUAUUUUGUGGUGUUGAUUACACCUUGUGGAAAUAGAAAAUGAGCAUAUUUAUAAAAUCAAUGGACUGGAGGGUCUGACAAGUAAUUGUUAAAGGAAUUCGUAUGCCUUUGAAUGAAAAUGAUAUUAGUUUAAUGCAUGCAAGUUCAAAUGCCAUUAAUAUGUUAUAUUGUGCUCUAGAGUCUAAUAUCUUUCAAGAGAUCAUGGUUUGUUUUAGUGCAAAGGAUAUAUGGGAAGAGUUGGACAGGAGAUAUGGAAAGGCCAAAGAAAAGGAGAACGCUGCUCUGGGGGAUUCAAGCCCAAAUGAUCAAGAAGCGGUAAAUCAUGGGCAAAUAGCUUUAAUCGAUGAAGAGGAAGGCACUCUUAAGGAGGGCUGAAAUGAAGAGUGGAAGGUGUUCGUGCUAUUUUUUAGGGCCCUGCAUUUUCCUUCUUGUCUUCCACAAUGGCCAUCUGGUUUUCCGUCUUGAGUUGCUGAUGUGCCAUAUCAUAGGUUGCAUGGAGACCAAAAAAGAUGUAGUAGACCAGCAUUAUCAUGGUGCAGAAACCGAACCUGAUAAAAGCCUCAGAACCCAAGGAUCCCAUGAGAAAGAGAUUUGUUGCAAUUGAUAAGGAUGGAAACCAGGGGACAAGUGGAACCCCCCAAACCUUUGGUGUCCUCUGCUGCGGCAAAAGGACUGAUAUCCCCAUGGUUCCCAAGGCCCAGAGGGGAAUGGUGAUGGCAUAACCAACCCAACCAUUGGGGUUCAAUCCCCAGAAUGCUGAAGUCCCCAUGGAGGAGGCAAUGAUGAUCAGCAAGAAAAUUAUUAGCUUCAAGAGGUUAAUUCGAGGAGUGAUUCCCCUUGCAUAGUAUCUCCUCACAAGAAGUGCGACUGCCAUCAUCAUGAAAAUGAAGAGUGUGCUAAUCGAUAACAAGCUUGCUAAGACAUCCAAGCUUGAAAAGAAAGCAAUGCAUGCACUCAAAAUGGUUAUGAAGAGUGUAGCAUUUAUAGGGGUUCCUGUUUUGGGAUGCACGAGCGCAAACCACGGCGGGAUCAUGUGAGCUCGUGCUAUGUGAGUAAUAUAUCGGGCUUGCCCAAGUGCUCCUACCAGAAGGACAGUGGUCAUCCCCUUAAGGGCGCCAAGUGCUACAAGGUACUUUCCCCAUUUCAUUCCUAUACUCUGAAAUGCAACAGAAUAGGCUGCAUUUGGAUCUAUUUCUGUAUAUUUCUGCAUCAUACUCAGUGAAAGUGCCAUCAAGCAGUAUAUCACUGUGAUGAUCGACAUGGAUCCGAGCAAUCCUAGUGGUAUAUCUCUUGAUGGGUUUCUUGUUUCUUCAGCCAUGGUUGCAAUAUUAUCAAAUCCCCCAUAGGCAAAGUAAACAAUAGCAGCUGCUUGGAAUACCCCUUUAGCACCAUAAGGCAAAAAUGGAGUUAUAUUGGAAGUGUUGGCAUGAUCAAAUCCUGCAAUUAUCACAAACAAAAUUACCACUGUAUUGACUGCAGAUGCAAUCCAAUUAAAAUAUGAAGUUUUCCUUGUGCUCAUCAUUGCAAGUGUUGCAGCAAUUGCUAGAACUACUACGGCAAUUGGGUCCAAGAGAUUGAACCCAUCUCUGAGAUUUGUGUGGAAUCGUAAUGAGUUGGGGUGUCGGUCCAAGAGAGUUGUGAAGUAAGAAGUCCAAGCUCUGGCGACUGCUGCGCUCCCAACGAUGCUUUCAAGAAGUAUGUUUCCUGCUGCUAUGAAUGCUGCAAAGUCUCCCAAUUCUACUCUCAGGUAAGCAAAUGAUCCACCAGCUACUGGGAUUUCUACUGCAAAUUCUGUGUAGCAGAAAACUGAGAGCAUUGCGGAAAUGCCUGAUGCAACGUAGGACAAGACGAUGGCAGGUCCAGCAUGUUCAUGUGCUUCUUGACCAGUGAGCACAAAUAUACCAGCCCCUAUAACCGAGCCAAAUCCAAACCAGAUGAGAUCCCACCAACUGAGGCAGCGCUUCAUGUUGUUCUCACUUUGUUUCCGGAGUUCGUUAAGCUCAUUGGCAUCAUCAGAUCGGCUCACAAGACGGUCCUUGAAUCGGAAACAUGUUUGUGACAACGCUGAUCGAUAAGUGCCCCAGUCUUGGAAGGAUUCUUCUGGUAAGAAAUCUUGUUUGCUCCAUCUCCAAUAGCCUCUUUGUUGGGUUUGGAUCUCAUCCGGCAGGUCUCCCAUUGCAGCCAUUGAUGAAUUUGAGUACAGCUAGCUGAUGGGUAGUCAAGAAUAGUACUGUAAUGUUGUUAGCUCCACUGCGUGAAUAACUGACUUCUUAUUGCUCUGGGAUGCAGAAUUAAAUUUGUUGGGGAUACGACUUUUCCUUGCUCUUUAGAAAAAAAAAAAAAGAGUAAUUAACAAUAAUAUUUAUGGUCCAUUGUGCAUUCU